GUAGAACAUGACUUUAUCCCAACUUUAACAAUGAAUCACUUGAUAUGACUUGGUCAGGUUCACUACUCCAUGUCUUUAUCUCAGUCUGUAAAGUAAGGAUUGUACUUUUCUAUGUACAGUGAUGUUUUUGACACUUAGUUUAUUAAUGUUUAAGAUUUCCAGAUGGAAGAGGCUAUUGAAACACGAAGUGUCAUUGCAAUCAACACCACCAUGUUACAGAAGGCAGAAAUAACAUUACAGAGAUAUUUCCAGAGUUUUGUUACAUUCUCUUGAAAAUAAAUGUGUAUUUCAGACUGGAGUAUCCUCCUUGGGGAGUGUUCCCUGCAGACAAUCAGCAAACAGCUGAAGGAAGUGUGCCGCAUGUGUGGGAUCUCAACAGCAGACUCGCCUUCUAUUCUUAGUGCCUGCUUGGUUGCUAUAGAGCCCCAGGGAUCCUUUGUAGUGAUGCCAGAUGCUGUCACUAUGGGAUCUGUGUUUGGCCGCAGUACUGCACUGAACCUUCAGUCAUCUCAACUGAACACCCCUCAGGAUGCCUCUUGUACACACAUCCUGGUAUUUCCAACAUCUGCAACCAUCCAGGUAGCUCCAGCAAAUUAUCCCAAUGAGGAUGGAUUUAGCCCCAACAAUGAUGACAUGUUCGACCUUCCAUUCCCAGAUGAUAUGGACAAUGACAUUGGAAUAUUAAUCACAGGGAAUCUCCACUCUUCUCCAAAUUCUUCUCCAGUUCCUUCUCCUGGCUCCCCUUCUGGGAUUGGUGUGGGAUCUCACUUUCAGCAUAGCAGGAGUCAAGGAGAGCGUCUUCUUUCCAGAGAAGCUCCGGAAGAGCUGAAGCAGCAGCCUCUUGCUCUAGGAUACUUUGUAUCAACAGCCAAAGCUGAGAAUCUUCCACAGUGGUUCUGGUCAUCCUGUCCACAGGCACAAAACCAGUGUCCCCUCUUCCUGAAGGCUUCACUGCAUCACCAUAUCUCCAUAGCACAGACUGAUGAACUUCUCUCUGUCAGGAACUCACAGAGGGUUCCGCACCCCCUCGACUCUAAAACUACAUCUGAUGUUUUGAGGUUUGUUUUGGAGCAGUACAAUGCACUGUCCUGGCUCACAUGUAAUCCUGCCACUCAGGAUCGCAGCUCCUGCCUUCCUGUUCACUUUGUGGUGCUCACUCAGUUGUAUAACGCCAUCAUGAAUAUACUUUAAUAGAAAAGCACUUGUUCCUCUGGCUCAUUCCCCCCUUGACCUGAGAAAUGUGCCACAGUCUGCAAAAAAAUAAAAACUUUGUUUCUCUUCAGACCAGGCACGAGGUCCUGUGCUAUGCUUCAGUUCCUCCAUAAGCACACGAUUUCUGCAGUAUUCAAAACUAAUCAGUCCAUUGACACAUCUCUGGCAGCUUCUAUCAAAAAUCUGGGGCCAUCCGGAAACAGGAAAUAUAUACAAUACCCUCAAUGCAGUGUGAGCUUACAGGCCCGGAAAUUACUGGUCAGUGUGAAAUAAAGAAGAGAGAGAAUCUGAAGAUGUCCUUUUACAUGGGGAACUGAUUUACAAUUAAGAGUCAUUUCAGCCCUGCACAUAAAGUCUUGUAGUGACCCAUUUGGGUUGCCUAAAGGUUAUUUUGUUUGACUAUCAUACGAUGGGAUUUUGGAGAAAAAGAGAACCAAUUAUAGUCUAUUAUAAAUAAUGGAGUUUUCUGUCUAUCUGGAGUUCCUGUCAGAGUGGAUUGGGAUGAAUGCACGCAUUUGUUUCCUGUCCAUGUAGAAGUGAAUGGUCUGGAGAUAUUUUAAUUUUAUUUAUUUUUAGGUUUUGUUUAAAUUAUAGAGGACCAGGAAUCAGUAAAUAAUCCUAAAGACUCAGCUCCGUUCCAGCGGGGAAUUAUUAAUCUACAUACCUCUUAGUCUUCUGGCCAGAAAUCAGAAAUGGAGCUAAAAACAGUAACAAUCAAAAGAUGUAUUAGGGAGACCAUGUGCAAAAGAGGAGCACUUUCAGAACUGUAAUAGUGUCAGCAUUUUCAGCUAAGAACCUACAGUGUUUUAAAGAAUUCAACUGUAUUUAGCCUGAUUAAAGCAAGAAGUGGGCAGUAUUUAAUGAAGGAUAACACUACUAUAUGGAAGAAAAAGAGGGGUGGGGAGGGAAAACAUUUUAAAGUCCAAAAUAAAGGCAAAUUGAAAGGGGUAAGUUAAUGUAUUGUAGGGCAAUGACUGAGAUAUAUUUCCAAUGCAUUUAAUGAUGUUAGAAAACUGUUACUGAAACCUGAGUCACCCAUAGAUCAGGGGAGACUAGUCCAAAAGUAUGUUUUUUGUUAACACUGAAUCAGUUACAAAUCUGGUGUAUUUUUUCUGACUAUAGAAAUAUUAUUUCAAAGAAAUAAUUUUUUAAAAUGAUAUCAUUAAAUUGGUACUUGAAGUUAUGCCACUGUGGUGGAAAAGUUACUUUGGUAAAACGAUUGCCAUUUUUAAAGGUUAAUGGCUAAUUGAAAUAUUUUUAAUGAUCCUUCAUUCCAGGCUUCAAGGCGUUUAUAUUUAAAUUCCAUUUUCUAAUGUUUGUUGUUGCACUGUGCAGCAGGCAUGUAAACUGCCUUAUGUGAGGGUCAGAUGUUUUGGCCAGGCUGUGAGAUCUAGUUAUCUGUGGAGAGAACUCUACAAAUUUAAAGUUCUUCCAAAAGACUUUCAUGUUCUGGUUAAAAAAAUUAAAUUCUAUGAUUUUAAAAAGUAUUUUUCUUGAGAUAAUGUAACAUUUAAAACAAAUUAUAUUAAAAAAAAUUGCUUUUGUGAUGGGAAGGUGAAAGCAGAGAAAUAACCUGUAAAUGAAUCAUUUCAAUCUCUGCUCCAAGCCACCCACAUAGCUGUCUCUCUGCAAUGUAUAGGUAAAAAAAUUAGAUAUCAAAACAAUUUGUAUCUAAUGUGUACAGUGUAAAAUUGACUUUAAAAUAUUUCAGCACUAUUUUUUCUUAAUCAGAAAAGAAAAUUCUCAAGGCCUUUUGAAGAGCAUAAAAAGAUGAAGAUUGUAAACUUGUAUAAAAAAAUUUAACUUGGGGAGGAAAAAAAUGUAAAGUAGACAUUUGUAGUAAUCUUUUACCACUCUGGGGUUUUGUUUCCCAGAUUCAUCUGAACUUUGAACUCUUGUUUUAUUUGAGGUUUUUUUUAAAAUGAGCAGUUUUUAUCCGGGGGUUUUUCUUCCCCAGAGACCCAGUUCUAAGCAAAAAAAAAUUUAAAAGGGCAGCAAGGAGAUUUUUCAUCUGGUGUCAUUUUUAUUUAAUUGUUUAAGUUAAGAGAAGUUGUUAACAUAUUUAUAUGUUUUUGUGCAAAAUAAAUGAAUGGCAAUAGAUUUUAAAGAAAAAAAUCUUAUGUACUUCAGUGUGAAAAAGUCUGUAUGAUAUUUCCCUUAAAUAUGCAUUAUUUUAAUUGUAAGGUUUUUUACGGAAAUAAUCUGAAAUGUACAAGCCCUGGCUUUCCUACAGUGUGACGAAGUUUCUUUUUCUUAAUUUCUAACUUUGGAAAUUAUGCUGAAAAAUCAAAAUUAUUAUUACAGUUAUUUGAGCUAGAGGGGGGCGGGGGGAGGGAAUGUCCAGCAUGCUUGUAUGUAUAUUUCAGAACCUUUUUUAAAUGUAAAAGCUGUACAUUUCGGGGGAAGUUCUAAUUUUUUUUUGUUUUGUUUUGUUUUUGUUUUCUCUCUCUGAGUAUUUUGCAGUGAGCUUCUUUUAUAUAUAACCAACAAUUUGAAAGAAAACAAAAAAAGUGAAGUUCAUUUUAAAUCUACAGUAUAUCGCUGGUACAGUACACUAAAAGACUUUGAUAAAAAGAAGAAAUAAUAAUAAUAAUAAAGACCUCCAUUUUAAAUGUCAUUCAUAUAUACCUUGUGGAUGAGAGCUAUAUACUUUUACACACUUUUUUAGAUGAAUAAAUUAUUGAAUUACUGAAAUUUUUGGGUGGAGUUU